GCUACAGGGCAGGUGGAGAGUCGGGCAGUAACAGUCAGACGCAGCUCUCCCGAGUCCACCACACAUUGAUGUCGGGAACAGUGUCCGAACGCCGUCGCCGUGGAUCCCAAUCUCCGUCGCCGGAACGCCGUUCCCUGAGGUGUAGGGUUUCGGAUUUCGGGUCAGUCAUGAGGAGCAAGGGCGGCGAGUAUGUCUCCCAGGCGACGGCGGUGAAGUACGUCCUGAUUGGGGCCAUUGCGAUGCUGGGGCUGGUGUGUCUGUACUACGGCUCCUCCUUCACUCCCGAGCUUCCGAGAUCCGAUGGAGACGGCGCUGGGUCCGACCCUUUCACCGGAGGGUUCGUGCCGCGCCGUGACCUUGAUGACAGGUUCGAUGACCAUGAGCACAGCCUGGAAGAUGUCCCCAAAAGCAUACCUGUGUGUGACAUGAAGUUUUCGGAGCUGAUACCUUGUCUGGACAGAAACCUUAUAUACCAACUGAAACUCAAGGUCAAUUUGGCGUUGAUGGAACACUAUGAGAGGCAUUGUCCACCUCCUCAGCGGCGUUUCAAUUGCCUGAUUCCUCCGCCAGUUGGCUACAAGAUCCCCAUCAGGUGGCCAGCAAGCCGGGAUGAAGUAUGGAAAGCAAAUAUACCACAUACCCACCUCGCACUGGAGAAAUCAGAUCAGAAUUGGAUGGUCGUGAAUGGUGAUAAGAUAAAUUUUCCUGGUGGCGGAACCCAUUUUCACUAUGGAGCUGACAAGUACAUAACUGCUAUAGCUAAGAUGCUGAAGUUUCCGGGUGAUAAACUCCACAACCAUGGAAAUAUCAGGAACGUUCUGGAUGUAGGUUGUGGUGUUGCAAGUUUUGGUGCUUAUCUUCUGCCACUUGACAUUAUAGCCAUGUCCCUUGCACCUAAUGAUGUUCAUGAAAAUCAAAUACAAUUCGCCCUGGAGAGAGGGAUUCCAGCUACUCUCGGGGUGUUAGGGACAAAAAGACUUCCGUAUCCCAGCAGAUCAUUUGAACUGGCUCAUUGCUCGAGGUGCAGGAUUGAUUGGCUUCAGAGAGAUGGCAUUCUCUUGUUAGAGCUUGACAGGCUGCUAAGACCAGGAGGUUAUUUUGUGCUCUCAUCUCCUGAGGCCUAUGCAAACGAUCCUGAGAACCGUAGGAUUUGGAACUCCAUGUAUGAUCUCCUGACAAGAAUGUGCUGGAAAGUAGUUUCCAAGAAAGACCAGACUGUGAUCUGGGCAAAACCACCAAGCAACAGCUGUUAUAUGAAGAGAGAGCAGGGCACAUUGCCCCCAUUGUGCAGCUCUGAUGAUGACCCUGAUGCUACUUGGAAUGUGCCAAUGAAGGCUUGCAUUUCCCCUUACUCGCCCAAGAUGCACCGGGAAAGGGGGAGUGGUUUAGUACCUUGGCCUCAAAGACUAACCGCUGCACCUCCUCGCUUAGAAGAAAUUGGCAUCACCCCGGAGGAGUUUCAAGAAGAUACAGACAUAUGGAAUCAUAGAGUGAUCGAGUACUGGAAGCAGAUGAGAUCAGUUCUUCAGAAGAACUCUGUCAGAAAUGUCAUGGAUAUGAAUUCAAAUCUUGGCGGGUUCGCAGCUGCCUUGAAAGAUAAGGAUGUAUGGGUGAUGAACGUUGCUCCAGUCCAUGCCUCUGCGAAAUUGAAAACUAUCUACGAUCGAGGCUUAAUUGGAACUGUUCAUGACUGGUGUGAGGCAUUUUCGACUUAUCCUCGGACAUACGAUCUUCUCCAUGCAUCUGCACUGCUCUCAGAAAUUGAAGAGAGCGGAUGCGGAGUGGAGGAUCUGUUGAUAGAAAUGGAUCGUAUUUUGCGACCCGGUGGCUUUAUUAUCAUAAGAGACAAGUCUUCAAUGGUAAAUUAUGUCCGGAAAUUUGUCACAGCCCUAAGGUGGGAUGGCUGGUUUUCUGAAGUCGAACCACAAAACGACGCUCUCUCGUCUUCCGAAGAAAGAGUGUUGAUCGCCCGAAAGAAGCUGCAGAGAGAGGGGGCCGUGACAAUGUAAAUCUGCAUCACAAGAUCAGGAUGACUUAUCUGAGAAGCCUUUUGGUGACAUUUACAAGAGGUAGUGGGGAGCAUCAAACUGAUGUUCAGUCUUCUUCCGGGAUGAAGACUUGCCAAUAUUCCUGAGACAAGAUACUCCUUCGUAUAUGGUACCAGCAACUUCAACCUCAUAGCAACACAGACCCGGACAGCAGCAACUCAUCUGCACAGAACAGGAGCUAAAUUUUAGAUGCCUCAGCCUUAUCUUUCUUUUUGGAUAUAAAUUUGUAAUAAGUUUCACUUGCUGUGGGAUUUUGAUUCUAUUCAUCACAUGUGAAUUAAUUAUUCGGGUCAACCAUGGUGCCAACUGGGGACAAUGAAUUGUUGCCCGAUGAAAGUAUCAUUUGAUAUGCUACUGUAAGACCGAAUUCAUUAGGG